AUGAGCUGUUCUCUGGCUAAUGUUCACGUCGCGAAGCGCCUGGUCAAGUGGCGGUAUUAUGCACGCGGCGCUGUCGACGGUCUUCUUCCGCUCCUUGGCCUUCUGCUUUCGCUUGGCGUCGGCAGGUUUGGCUGUCAUGUCAGAAACCUCUUCGGUGAACGAAGCGCACUCGCUCCUCAACCCGCUUGGCCAAGGCUCAUUGUUCUGAAUUUCGACAAAGUCCAGGGCGAACGGCCCUCUGGACACGCCGAAGUCUGGGAAGUACGUGGUGCCGCCCAUCACAGGCGAGAUCUUGCAGCCACCUGCAAUGCCGGUGCACUUGCAAAUAUCCUCCAGGCUUUUGCUCCUGACCACCAAGUUGCUGUUGGUUAUCGUUUUUCUGCAUUCCGCUUCUAUAGCGCCCACGACCUUCGCAACGUCACCGCAGGUGUAAAUGUAAUCCAGCACCUUGGUGCUCAUCCCCCGCUCUGCGUCCUGCAUAUGCAACAGCAUCUUGGCAAUCAACUGCUCGUAUAUGUCGCAGAGGUUGUGUCCAACGCCGUUAACAAUGUCGACGUUGUCUGA